CACCAGGGUGGGGGCAGGCCGGGGUCCGGGGCCUCCGCAUGGGCUCUGGACCUGUCCCUGCGCUCCAGGUCCGCCCCCCAAGAUGUGCCCCACACGUGCCCGUGUGCACCCGGGUCCCACCGGGAUGAGCCCCACAUGUGUCCCCACACCCCAGGCCACCCCACAGCCACCGUGUCGCCCCUGAGAGGUUCCCCAGUCCCACCCGCAACCCCUCUCCCCCCUCAGACCACCCUGCGGGGAUGGAGGGGCUUGGGGAGGAGGAGGUGACACCCCCAGAUGUGCCCCACGUGCCUCCCUGCGUUCCAUACGUCCCCCCCAUGUCCCAGAGUCCCCCAGAUGUGCCCCACGUAUGUCCCCAGGAUCCCCCAGAUGUGCCCCACACAUGUCCCUGUGCCCUCAGGAUCUCCCAUAUACGGCACACGUGUCCCUGUGCCCCCAGGAUCCCCCAGAUGUGCCCCACACGUGUCCUUGUGUCCCCAGCAUCCUCCAGAUGUGCCCCACACAUGUCCCUGUGCCCCCAGGACACCCCCAGAUGUGCCCCGCGUGUGUCUCUGUGCCCCACCCACACCCCCCUAUGUCCCCAUGCCCCAGGACACCCCCAGCCCCCCGGGCAGUUCCCCAGUGCCACCCCCAACCCCUUUCCCCCUCAGGACCCCCCCGCGGGGAUGGAGGGGCGCGGGGAGGAGGUGCCGGCGCCGGCCCCGGAGUUGUCAGAGCCGUCGGAGGAGGAGGAGGAGCAGGAGGAGGAGGAGGAGGAGGAGGAGGAGGAGGAGGAAGGCUCGGGGGUGUGCGUGACCCCGGCCCUGCUGAAGGCCUGCACGGGCGAGUUCUCCCUCGAGUCCAUCCUGCUGCUGCGGCUGCGGGGCCGCGGCAUCGCCCACCUGGGCUGCCUGGCCGACUGCUCCAACCUGGAGUGGCUGGACCUGUCCGGGAACGCCAUCGCGGCGCUGGCCCCGCUGGCCGCGCUGCGCGCCCUGGCCGUGCUCAACCUGGCGGGCAACCGCGUGGCCAGCGUGGAGCCGCUGCGGGGCUGCCGCAGCCUGCGCCAGCUCAACCUGGCCGGCAACCGGCUGCGCAGCCUGCGCCAGCUGCGCUGCCUGCAGAGCUGCGACGCCGCGCUGGACCGCGGGGCCGCGGCCGAGGGGCCGGCCGAGCCCCCCCGUGGCGCCCCGCAGCCCUGGGUGCGGGCCGGGUUCUGGGAGCCGCGGGCGCCGCGCCGCAGCGCCGUGCUGGAGGAGGCCACGCGGCAGCUCGGGGAGGCCCUGCGGGAGUGCCGCGAGCUCGGCCGGCGCGCCGACGACUCCAUCGCCCAGGCACAGCGAGCGCUCGGCCGCCGGCACGCCGGCAACUACGGCUUCUGAGCUGCAGGGGGGCCGGGGGCACAGCGGGGCCGGGGGGGCUCCAAAUGGGGCCGGGGGGGCUCCAAAUGGGGCCGGGGGGCACCCAGAGACACCACAGCCAACACCGGGACUGGGAGACCACCAGAGACACCACAGCCAACACCAGGACUGGGAGACCACCAGAGACACCACAGCCAACACCGGGACUGGGAGACCACCAGAGACACCACAGCCAGGAGCCCUCGAGUUCUGAGCUGGGGGACUCCAUAUAGGGUUGGGGGCUUCCAAAUGGGGCUGGGGGGGUCCCAAAAUGGGGCUGGGAGGGCACCAGAUGGGGCCAGGGGGCACCCAGAGACAACACAGCCAGCACCGGGACUCAGACCAUCCCAGGUGCCACAGCCAGGAGCUCUCAAGUUCUGAGCUGGGGGGGCCUGAGACAGGGCUGAGGGCUCCCAAAAUGGGGGCCCAGGGGGCACAAAAAGGGGCUGCGGGGUCCAAAUGGGGCUGGGGGGUCCAAAAGGGGCCAGAGGAGCUCCAAAUGGGGCUGGUGGGCACCCAGAGAUGCCACAACCAGCACUGAGCCCAUGAGACCACCCAGAGCCACCACAGCCCAGAGCCUUUGAGUUUUGAGCCGAGGGACUCCCAAAAUGGGGCUGGGAGCUCCAAACGGGGCUGGGGGACUUUAAAUGGGGUUAGGGGGCUCCAAACGGGGCUGGGGGACUUUA